AUUUCCCUUGUCAUGUCCCUCCUUUAAAAUUUUUUUAACAUUUCUUAUGAAGUGAAAAAAAAAGGGUUAGUUAAAUUGUAACCGUCCAUCAAAUGGUGCUGGUGGUGGGACCAAGCCAGAGUGAUAGUAUCUGGACUUAUCGGAAAUGGGGAUCACCAGGAGCGCAUGAGGAAGCAAGUAUGGGAUCUCUACCCUCCCAUAUUUUAGUAUUUGAUUGUGCAAGUGUGGGUGCGCAGGAUAAGGGACGUAGGAUUAUAAUUUAUAACACCAGCGCAAAGUCGACUCCGUCAUCGUCACCGUCAUUCCCCCCUAUAAAGGCACCAAAUCUCGCUGAAAACUGAGCUUAGAGCAGCUAACCAUGGAGGGACUCCCUUCCGGUUACCGGCCGAAUGUUGGAGUUUGCCUCAUCAACUCCGACGAUCAGGUUUUUGUGGCUUCCAGAUUGAAUGUUCCAGGUGCAUGGCAGAUGCCUCAGGGGGGUAUUGAAGAUGGUGAAGAACCCAAGUCUGCGGCCAUGAGGGAAUUGAGAGAAGAAACUGGAAUAGUGUCUGCCGAAAUUAUUGCUGAGGUCCCAAAUUGGUUGACGUAUGACUUCCCUCCUGCUGUGAAGGCCAAAGUCAAUCGCCUGUGGCGAGGUGAAUGGCAUGGUCAGGCGCAGAAGUGGUUCCUUAUGAGAUUAACAAAAGACGACAGUGAAGUCAACUUAGCAAGUGGUGAAGCAGAACCAGAAUUCUCAGAGUGGAAAUGGUCAAACCCUGAAGAAGUUAUUGAGCAGGCAGUGGACUACAAGAGGCCGACAUAUGAGGAAGUGAUGAAAACCUUCAGACCUUACUUCAGUGGGAAUGCAAACUCUGCCAAAUGUAGAUCAGCAAAAUGGUGAAUGCAGUGGGUGUGGGAGGUUUUGCAGCUCUGCAACUUCAUCUCUCACUCUAUUCGUUUAACUUGGGACUCAAACUUUGUUGGCUGUAAAAAUGGAUGUGGCAGGUAGACCUUCGUAUUUAGAUGGUUGGAUAAUUGUAAUAAAAUGUUUAUGCAAAAACUCACUUAUGUUUUCAUGA